UAAACACGAAGGCUUUUAAACUCUCGUAAAUAUGUUGAAAAAUAUUUCCGGGAGAAUAUUUUCGCUGAUAUUGUUCUUCCUGAAUGGUCUUUCCAUGGUAACAGUAACUUAAUUAAUCAACGAUAUUCCUAGCUUUUUGGAAUAUCCAUAAUAUCGCUUGGAGUCGUUUGUAUUAUUGAUCAUGGGAAUAUGUCGGAGGUCGUUGGUUCUUCUCUUUAUACCUCUGGGGUGUACAUUCUCAUAUUCCUGGGACUUAUCAUAAUGACCAUAGCACUAUGUGGAUAUAUUGCAGCCGACAAAGAAAAUAUUUGCCUAAUAGUUUCUUAUAUUUUCAUCUUGUGUUUAGUGGCACUGCUUUUACUGAUCGCAGGAAUAAUGGUCUUAUCAUUUCGAGAUUCACUUGGUGAAUCAGCCAGAAGGGUAAUGAUAGAUACAUUGAGAAACAAUUAUGGAAGGCAUGGAAUAAUAACUGAUGCAUGGAACUUGGUGCAAAGCAGACUUCACUGUUGCGGCGUUGACAACAAUGGGUGGGGUGUGUAUAAUGGAUCCUGGUGGGAUAUGAUAACUAACCUGGACUUAUACGAAACAAAUACUAAGCUACCAGAAUCGAGUUUGUUCUAUCUGUUUGUACCUCAUUCUUGUUGUGCAAAGAAGCUGGAUGGAUUGACGGGUUGGCCAACAGACGUUUAUCGUGAUACGAAGCGCUGCCAGACGUGGCAGUAUGGACCUCCAAAUAAGGCUUACGGGCCUCACAAUGAUGCCAUUUAUUAUGCUGUAAUUUAUUUAGAUGACAAAUAGCCACUUAUUUAUAGGGAUGUUUCGAGAGUUUGAAAAGUUACAUUAACAACUAUGCUAAAGCUAUGGGUGCCUUAGCACUGUGUGCAUUUAUUGUCGUGGUAAGCGCUCUGAUCUGUGCAGUUUUUCUGUUCCGUGAAGCUAAAUUCAAAGCUCGAAGGAAGGAAAGAAUGAUCAACCGAGGUAAUCCAACGUUAUAGGCCUUACAAACUAUACAAAAUAUACAGUGGUUUGAAUGUUUACUUUAUAUAGUCUCGUGUAAUGUUUUCUAAAAACUACAGAGCG